GCCAAUCCGCGGCGCCCUUGCUCACUGCAGGGAGAAGUUAGCCGUGCUCCGCCAGUCUGCUCCGAAGCCACGAUGGAUGCUAUACCAUGCAUUUUGCUCGUCCUUCUCUUCGGGGCGAGCAUACACGAAAAUUCCGCCCUGCAAUGUUACUGUGAGCGAUGCAGCGCAAACUCCAGCUGCACCACGGACGGGAUCUGCUAUGCCGCCAUCCGUCGCUCGGGCAAUCGUCUGAUCACGGAGCGGAGCAUGUGCGUCCACGAGAGUGAGCUGUUUCCCCGCGACCGGCCCUUCAUCUGCGCCCAGUCCAACAAGCAGGAGACGGGUAUCUACCCCAUCUGCUGCCUCACCGACUACUGCAACAAGAACCCCGAUCCCGCCAGCUUCCCCGUGCCCACAACGAAGACCCCUUCUUUAGGCCCCGUUGCCCUGGCAGCGGUCAUUGCAGGACCGGUGUGUGUGCUGUGCCUGCUGCUGGUGGUGGCAUUCUACGUGUGCCACAGUCACAGAGGCCUGGGGGCUGGAGGAGCAGGGGCCCAUCACCACAGAGUCCCCAAUGAGGAGGACCCCCACAUGGACCACCCCUUCAUCACUGUGGGAACCACCCUGAAGGACCUGAUCUACGACAUGACCACCUCUGGCUCAGGAUCAGGCCUGCCACUACUGGUGCAGAGGACUAUUGCCCGAACCAUCAUCCUCCAGGAGAGCAUCGGGAAGGGCCGCUUUGGAGAGGUGUGGAGGGGCAAGUGGCGCGGGGAAGAGGUGGCAGUCAAGAUCUUCUCUUCCCGUGAAGAGCGCUCCUGGUUCAGAGAGGCCGAGAUCUACCAGACUGUCAUGCUGCGUCACGAGAACAUCCUGGGCUUCAUCGCUGCCGACAACAAAGAUAAUGGCACGUGGACUCAGCUGUGGCUUGUUUCGGACUACCAUGAACACGGCUCCCUGUUCGACUACCUGAACCGCUACACCGUGACCGUGGAGGGUAUGAUCAAACUGUCCCUGUCCACCGCCAGCGGCCUCGCCCACCUGCACAUGGAGAUCGUAGGCACGCAAGGUAAACCGGCCAUAGCUCACAGAGACCUGAAGUCCAAGAACAUCCUAGUGAAGAAGAAUGGCACGUGUUGUAUCGCAGACCUGGGGCUGGCAGUGCGUCACGACUCUGCCACAGACACCAUCGACAUCGCCCCCAACCACCGGGUCGGAACCAAGAGGUACAUGGCUCCCGAAGUGCUGGACGACUCCAUAAACAUGAAACACUUUGAGUCGUUCAAACGUGCAGACAUCUACGCCAUGGGACUGGUGUUCUGGGAGAUCGCCAGCCGCUGCUCCAUGGGAGGUAUCCAUGAGGACUACCAGCUCCCCUACUACGACCUGGUGCAGUCGGACCCCUCUGUGGAAGAGAUGAGGAAGGUGGUAUGUGAACAGAAGCUGCGGCCCAACAUUCCAAACCGCUGGCAAAGCUGUGAGGCUCUGCGGGUAAUGGCCAAGAUCAUGAGGGAGUGCUGGUAUGCUAACGGUGCGGCCCGCCUCACGGCUCUGCGCAUCAAGAAGACUCUGUCUCAGCUCAGCCAACAGGAGGGCAUCAAGAUGUAGAGUACAGGCUCCUCACUGCCCACCCAUCAGCAUUAUUGUGUCAUGGAGCGAUUCUGAAGAAGUGUGACAACAAGAAGGGAACACAGGGCAUUCAUAUCUACCCUCAUAUCCAUCUGUCAUAUCAGCUCCAUGGGGCCUCGGCCGGGACAGAGCCCCCUGCAGGCCUGGAGCUGCCACUAUGUUCAUAAGCAGGGCACUCUCCUGGAGGGCUCCCAGUGUGUCAGGGGCUAAGACAUGCACACUAUGUUAUGUAGAGAUAACAGCAGGUUUCAUAUGAGAAAUCCUAUGAACACUACUGCAAAUGCAGUAGACAUGGCAAAAAGGCAGAAUGAAAACAAAUAUUGAAAUCAUUUUUAAAACCACUUCCAGCAUUUCCAAAGUUAAUUGAUUAUUUCUGGUUAUGUUGGCAGCCCGUGAGUAAACAUGGAACUGAAAACAUUUGAUAUUAUCAGUUUCUGGCCUUCCCACAGGUCACAAAACCAACAAAAAUCAAUAAGGGUCCAAACUCCCACGUAUCUGGUUAAUGAAUAAAUGGUCCAGUUUUUUUUUUUUUUUUUUUUUUCAAUAAAAUGACUUAGAAUAGAAUAUUAUUCUAUACAGUAUAUUCCUUUUAUAGAUGAUCAGAAUCUAAAAUAAGUUAUGAAUGUAAAAUGUUUAUUAUGUAAUUAUAACUAUUUUAUUCUCCUUAAUGUACAUAGAUGUAAAGUUUGUGUAUUUGUAGGUAGUGUGCUCCUAAGAGGGUAGCGCCCCCUCCUGGUGCCCUCCUGGAGAGAGUCCUCCGUGGACCGGCCCUCAGGUAUCAGUCCACCGCUGGACCCUCUCUGCCUCCUCCUCUUCGUCUGUGAGCAGUCUCCCAUGGCGACCGCUCACUUGUAUUUAUUCUCUUGUAUCGUCUUUACGGAGGCAGGGGAUCACUUUGCAAACCAACCUGGACACGAUGACCUCAUUCAUGCUGCCACAUAUGCAAUAGCACUAGACAAAGUGUUCUUUUGUAUAUCCUGCGUAACCAUACCAUGCUCAGCUAUACCGGAAAGUGCCAGUGCUUUACCGCCCCCCUCUGGCCCGGGCUCAUUCUAUGCACCGAUCAGCAGCAGCCCGCGGCGCCUGGUGCCAUCUGGACCCACCCCACACCGGACCACCUCAGUCUCACCAGACAGCUCCCCCUGCAGGCGCUGUGGCGGGGCAGACUCCAGACUUGUAAAGCAUACUACGUGAUGUUGCCCCUAAAUGUCUUGGGUUCAGUUCAGUGUUGGUGUAGGAUAAUCACUCGACAGUGACAUUCAUUAAAUAUAGCAAACGGAGAUUUACUAAGCCAUAGGUUUUCCAGGUGUGUAUCCUUUUCUUUUUACCGCUUUUUCUACUAGAAUGUACAUUUAUGAACACAAAAAAAUGAAAGUGGACUUCAUUUCAGCUUAGCAAGCCUUAAGGGACCAACACAUAAGAGUCUUGAUUUUCUUUUAUAUGAAAAAAUGAGUAUUAUAUAUUGUUGAUUUUUACGAUCAUGUUAAAAGAUGUAUGUAGCAUCUGUUCAGUCUUGUCUUAGUUGUUGUUGCGUUGCCAAUAUUGCCACACAUCUAAUCCGCGCUCAGAGCUGGCAGUGUCGGCCAUUGUUCACACAUGACCGAUAUCUGGAGAAUAUCUUUCUGCUCAGCAAUAAGUGCCCUUCUCCCUUGGCUGGCGGGCGGGCGAGCUGUGUGGCAGUGUCUUUCACUCUCUCUCUCUGCCUCUCUCUUUGUCUCUAUCUCUCUCUGCCUCUCUUUCUAGCUCUCUCUGCCUUUCUCUUUCAUAUGGACGCAUUCGUGUGUAUGUGCUGCUGCCCACCUGUGCCAUGUCGCCGUUAGCUCCUCCUCCUCCUCCUUCUCCUCCUCGCGCCACUGCCACAGACCCAGGCAGUGCCCAAACUCUGUGCCAAUCCAUCACCGGACAACUCACCAGGCUGUCCGCAGGGAACGCAAGACAAGCAGUUAUUUUUCACCCGAGUGGAUAUUUCAAUUCAAAGUGCUAGUUUUGUACAAAAAAAUAAUCUUGUGUAGCAACAGAUUGUGUAUUCUAUUGAUUUAAAAAGAAAAAAAAAAAGGUCAGAUUGAAAGCCAAACGUUCAGGUCUGCUCAAAAGUCACAUUCCACAAUCGUCCGACCUCAUUUCUCCAAAUGAGGUCGGAUCCCCUCCCGUCGAAGCUUAUUCAAGGAGGAUUCUCUGUCUGAAUUGUCCUCUGAUUUCAAAUUGACUGACGUUUUACUGUUAGGAGCAAAAUGUCCUCCUUAAAUUCCGAGGAGGACCACAGAACUGCCCCUAAACCUCAUCUCCAUCUGCGCCCUUUUCCCCCAAAAUAUCUGACUGAAGACGGGCCCCCUCUUGGCCCGUUGGAGCGGAGUUGAAGCAGUCUUAAUCAAGUGGGACUUUGUAAACUUUGUAAAUAGAUUUUUCUUGAAGUAAACGAAAAGAAUUGUGAUAUUUGAAGAAAGAUUUUUUUUUUUUUUGCUGCUAUGUAAAAAUUAAAUGUUCGAUGGACUGUGCUGAUUGGAUGUUGGCCCAGUGAGGCGAAACAGGGCCAAGGAUAUCUGUCCUGGUGGAGCUGUGUUUGCACUGUGCAGAGUGGUAUUUUGCCCUUUCUAUACUUGUUCCUUUGACCCCCAACCCCAUUACCUUGUUUCCUCUUGUCUGUGGUCCCCUGCUCCCCUGGUCACCCUUUUUUUUCUCCUCUGGCCUCUGCUCCAUGUACCCUGCUUACUGGAUCAUUUGCCCCCUUGUCUUUUUUUAAAUUCACCCAUGAUCCCCUACUCCAUCCUCCAUCUACUCUGACCAUUCUCAAACAUCUCAAAGGUCCCUCAAAAAAUGUUGAAAAAUUACUUCCAAUUUAAAUACUACAAUUUCUUAUAAUGUACAAACUAUUAGAAGUUAAUUAUGUAGGUUUUAUACUUGAUUUCAACUAGAGAUGGAUUGGUUUGUCAGUAUAUUGGGCCGAUAUUUGCACUUUUUUGCAUAUGGUCUAUUGGUGUUAAAUCUCCAGCACAAGCCGAUAUAAAUUUUUGGCCAAUCCGUUGCCAAACGAAUAUGCAUAAAGCUUAUUUUGAACACUUAAGUGCGUAGGAGUAAUUGCAGGUUUGUAGAAAAAAUAGGUUUGGGUGAAGUUUGCAGUAAAUUUAAAUUGCAUAAUUUGGGAAAAUGAAUCAAAAUCUGCUCUACAUAUUCACCCAAAAAUAUCGCCAGAGCUUAUCGGCCGUCAGUUUCUCUUGAUUCUAAACAACUGGCAUGGCCCAUGGAAAAAAAAAAACAUGGUUUAUCUCUAGUUUAAACAGAUUUUACUCAAGUGUAUUUUUAUGUCAUGGUGGAGGAUGAUGAUGAGGGAGUUCUUUGGAUAAUUCCUGACCAACAUUUGUAUGAGACCUCAAAGUCUAAGAACCCCUGCAUCUACCCAAUAUCCCCUUUUUCCCUGGUAUCCCCCCCCAUCCUACUCCCACCUUCCCCGCCGUUAGUCCCCCCUUCUGCUUUGGUCUUCUCCCAGUCAUCCUCGCUGUCAGCUUCCUCCCUGUCGCCCGAUCUGCUCAGCGCAAACACAGCCCGAAGGUGCUCUCAUCACCGCCUCAUUCUCUGGGACAUGAACAAAGCAAACACACCAGGACGAAGCUUCAUUCUGUCUUAAAAGCACCAGCAGCCUUUUCUUUACUGAGCCCAGAGACCCCCCAUGAUCUCUGAGUCCCUGCCUUCUCUUGUCAUUCCCUCCUCUCCUUUUGAAGACUAUCAGCUGGCUCCACGCGCCGCAGCAGCCUAUCCGACUCGACUGUACCAUGAGAUUCAAAUACAAAUUCAAAACACUGUCAGUUCUGUAAUUGUUAAUCUGGGGUGUCCAGACUAGGGCUGUACAUUUUUAGGAAACAUUGAAAUUGCGAGUGAGAUUAGAUUUGCAACGUAUGUAUUAAAAAAAGUAGGAUUUUGUUCGGAGUUGACAUUCAAAGUAUUCCAAGAGCAUUAACAUUUGAAAUAACACUAAAAUCUGAACUAAAAUCUGAACUGCUACACUAAUACAAGAAUCCAAUGCAUUUCAGACUCUUUUUAGAGGUCUAAAUCUACAGAUAAAACAAGAUAUUUCAACAAAAACAUUUUGUUUUUUGCAGAGGUUUUCUAUUAGAAUCAAUUUCGAUUUUGAUAACUGCGUGAACUCAAAUAGCAAUUCAGUAUAUCUAUAUUGUGCAGCCCUAGUCCAAAUUAUGGCUGUGACAGAACUGCAAAAAUACCAAUGCUAAAGAAUUCAUUAGGGAUAGUGGAUACCCCUGUAUGAAAGAACUGUUAUUAAGAACUUAAAUCUUUUACUCAAGACUGUGUUUGCCAGUGUUUCUCAAACUUAACUUAUCCACCCAGAAAUAGCAAAGUUUUCUAGUUUUCUUACUUACACUAACAGAGCAAAAUGUUAAACUAAAGAGAAAACCAAGACCCAAGAUUAGGGUAGGAAAUAGGCCUCUAAUUGUACCUGAGAAAGCAGUACUAAACACAAAUUUAAAACCAGUCUAAAAAUAUGAUUGAACCUGGGACUAAACCUUCACUUAACCCUGAACUAAAUCUGAGACGCACCCCAAUGAAUCACUUACUUACCCCUAGUUACAGCUUGAUAGUAUGAUUAUAGUGACCCAUCAUGAUUUUUGUUUUGAUUUUAUUUUGUCUUUAGUAAAGAGCCCCAAAAAUAGUCAAAUUUCUUCCUUCAAAGUCUGAACUUAACCUUCAAAGACAUGGAUUUUCUGAUGUAGAACUUUCAAUGAAAAAUCCCCAGGUUGAUCAUUGACAAUUAGAGCUAAAUGAAUCUUGAUUGACGUUCAGUUAAUUGCUUUGACCUUCCCUUCGUGUUAUACUUAACCCAAAGUUUGAGAACCACUAGCAGUUUACGACAAAAUCCAUUUUCGAUCGCUUGCAGCCCUUUGGCACUCACCCCGGAGCAGCACACAGAGCCACCUCAGACUAUGCCAGCUCUCAGCCCACUCAAGUGAAUGUACAAGCCCCCCAGUUGGGCCGAGCCGGAGCCCAAAAAGCCCACCCUACCUUAUGCAAGCACUGGGCGACCGCAAGUCUACGGACCUAUCUAUGCUCGCACCCGCUCACUGUGAUCCUGAGCAAGUGCCAAAGGGCUGUGACCACCCCCCUUCCCCCCGGCGGAAAGCUGCUGCGGCUGCCGGGGCUCAGAGGUAGCAGAAAGCUUUAUCAUCUUUGGUUGGUGCCUCGGUUUGGACCCUCCUGAAUGACAAGUUCGCAUGCGAUUGUGUCUGCAUCCGCGUUUCUACUUUAUCGAUGUCAUCCCUUCGUGCGGACGGCAGAGAAACGAAACAAAAAAAUAAACGUAUUAAAAAGGUCACUUAAUCAAAAGAGAAUACCUCCUUCGAAGACCAAUGUGUUUUACCUCACUGUAUAUAACUGGGUUUGUUUACUUCUCUCUGAUGAUUUUCGGGGUACUACUUUGACGUCGCUGGCCUUGUGUUGUCCUGUCUGCGCAGCUGUACAGCCCUCUCUCCAGCUUCGGUACCAAUGCCUUGUUCAGUAUGUCUUUGUUUUCAAGUGCAGAAGAAGAGCGGGAGGCUGAGGCGGCUCCCGGGGGCACGGACUGGACACGCCCCCCCUGGACAAGCUUCGCCCCUCGCCUCCCCGCUCCACUCUUUCUAAGCAUAUUCGCAUCUUUUCUAUAGUGUACAGAUGAUGGAAGAGCAUAGGAAGUAGAGGAUUGACACGUAUGUUAACUCUAACAUAGCUGUGUAGACGUGUGAAUAAAGAAGCAAGCUUUCACUACA